AAGCAAGCAGCUGUUUAUCGUUAAAACAAAAUAGAUGCCGUUUUAGGCAGUUGGAAAGUGUUAUUGACAUUUUGUGUUUCAUGGUUAUUCGUUUCCGUUAUUUAAUCUUAAUGUAAAUAAUUGUGCAAAUGCCUGUUUACUUAAGAGUUAUCGAACUUUGAUUACUUAAAACAAAACUCUAAAAAACUUCUCUAUUUAGCUAUCUGCCCGUUUAAAGUGCAUUUCAUAAGGUGUAAGCAAUUAUUAAAGUAUGUAGGUUCAAUAAGUAACAAACUAUUCCGGGAAAGACCAGAGAAAAGUGUGUAUAAAGAGUGAGAGAAGAAUAUCCCCAUUUCUUUCGAGAUUGUUCCAGGUUUCCAAAAAUGUAAAUAUUUUCAUCAUCGGGAUCUGGAAACUGAGUCUGAAAGCUGCUGUCGAUAUAUUUUCGAAAAUUGUGAUUCAUAAGUGAGGAAAAUUCUUUGUGUUUUCAAAAUCGGAAAGUUUACGGCGAUAUAAAAAUAUAUAUAAUUGAGAUAGUGGAUGUAUUUUGAUACUCAUUGGAAAACCCACUGUUGAAAGGCAUUAUCUUAAAAAUUAUAGUUUGUUAUUGCUUAAAGUAAGAGCAAUUGAAUCUAAUUGGAAACUGGUGGUUUAAUUAAUAUAAAAGUAUAGUUGUAUCUCACCUUACUGUGUGACUUUUUCUUAAUCAUUUGGAACAAAAUAGCAGUUGAAAACUGUGAUGACAUUUCAAGAUGUAAUAAUACAAAAAGUUAAAGAUUUUGCAGAAGCUGAAGUAAGAAAAUCAGUUAUUUGAAAUACUGAAUUCUCCGCCGCAGUUACUGCAGAUGACUGGUCAAGCUAGAAUUCUAUUCAAAAAAUGGGUCUGAUCACUAAUUAUUUAUAUUUUAACACUUUUGCCGACAGAUAAAUUAAUUUGGAUAAUUUUUCUCAAAAAUAUGACAAGUGUGUAUUGGAUAAAAUAAGUACUCCAGUCGGCUCAGCUGAAAUAUAAACUUUCUGAAAAUUAUUGCCUAUGUAUUAUACAAUUAUUAACAAGUAUGCAUUUAGAUAAUAGUCAGAAUUAAGAUUUAAAGAAGUCAUUUCGAAAUAAUAAAUUUUUUUGAGAACAAAUAAAAACUUGAAAUUUGAAACAAAUAUUCUUAUGAAGAACCAUUAUUGUGCUUCUGUAUUUUGUGCAGACUCAAUACUGUACAAACAGUCAUAAAGCACUUAGAGUUUAGCAAAUUAUAUCUGGAAAACAUAUUAGUUUCUUGACAGAAUUUAUACUGUUUGUAUUAAUAAAAACUACAGUUUUCCGAAACUCAUUCAACUGGUUUUAAAGAACACCUUGAGAACGAUACAUUGAAAUUUUCGUUUUUAAUAAAGAGGGAAAAAUAAGAAGAAUUGAGGCAUUGAAGAAUUAACAGUGAAAUUCCAACAAGAGAGCAAAUUAUUAGAUUAGAUUUGUAUGAAGUAAAAUUUUUGCUAUGGAUGGAAGUGCACUUCUGCUAAAGUGUUUGUGGAAUGUAGUUAUUUAAAUAAUCAUGACGGCCACCACUAAACCUAGCGGAUUUAGUGUGAGGGAUAUUUUGGACCUUCCAGAGGGUAAGCAUUCCCAGCAUAGUACCAGUCCAAACACCAGGACUAGUCCAAUACCUAGAGCGCUGGACUUAUCAGAUGUGACUAUACCUGCUCUCUGCUACGGUGGACUUUGUCCGGAAGCAACGUAUUCCAGAUGGCUGACAUCAGAAAUAAUACCAGCAUACGCCGCCCUGCCUUUCGCUCAUAUGGGACUCGAGCCCUGUUUGACGAGCACUGAACACACGUUCCUAACACAUCAUGAGCUCACCCGGAGUACAGAUGAGAGAGAUGACCUCGAUGAAGACGAUGACCUUGAAGACGAUGAUGAUGAAAUCGUAGACGAGGACAGCGCUCUAGACGACUUACCAGCCGCUUCAUCCUCUCCGCCGGACUUAACUGCGGACGGGGCGGCAUCCGUUAUCACUCGUGGACGGCGCGCCGACGAUUCAGAUUCGGAUGAAGUCACCUCUUCCCAGCAACCGACUACAAGCAUUCUGAACUGUAGCACAAGCAGCAACAAUAAUAAUGUUGGAGGAAAUGUAGGAUGCAGCAACAACACUCCCACAAGUUCAACAUCCGGAGAUACCUCUAAUCCUCCAAUGAAAAAGAGGAAAAGACGGGUUCUGUUUUCCAAAGCACAAACAUACGAACUAGAAAGGAGAUUCCGUCAGCAGAGAUAUCUCUCUGCCCCAGAGCGGGAGCAUUUAGCCAGUAUCAUCCGCCUGACACCGACACAGGUAAAAAUUUGGUUUCAGAACCAUCGGUACAAGACGAAGAGAGCUCGGCAAGAGAAAGGCCUGGAUGUAAAUCCUCUGCCUUCCCCGAGAAGAGUGGCAGUCCCUGUUUUAGUCCGGGACGGCAAACCAUGCCAGCCGGCAGGCUCCUCUCUAAAACAGCAACAACAAGAAGGAACACAACACUCCUCAAAUUUGGCCACAGAUUUGUCUUCGAUAACAUCGAUGACCAACAUGGCUGCCAUUAGUAACUCUUGCAUUGGGACAUUCAGCAUGAUGCCAACGUACACUCAUCCUCUAAUACACCAGCACAGGUGGUGGUGACAUAGCAUAGACAAUAAAAAUUCUGUGUGUAGCAAAAAAGUUGGAAAUGUAUGUUCCGAACACACUGAACAAAGUGUUUGUGGCAUUUUUAGGUCAAUGUAUUGUGAUCAUCUCUGUCAGAUUAGUUAUUUAUAGAAAGAGUAUAUAUAAUUAAACGGAAAAAAAAAGUGUUAACAAGAAUAACAUUUAAAGCAGCAAGCAUUUUAGCCAAAAGAAAAUGUCUCAGUAACGUAAAAAUUUUAAAAUAUAUUGUAAAUAAGGUUUUUGGCACACAGAUACUUCGAUAUACACACAUAAAAUUACAAAAUGAUACCUAGUGCUUAAUUAUUUAAUUAAAAAAUGGACGAAUAUGGGGUAUUAACUUGAUCUAUGAAAAACAUGCUCGAUCAGAUUGACAAAAACCCGGGUUGGUCGUUCCCGCAUGGGCUGUACUUUUUUUUCAAGAAAUAAUAAUUACGUGCCAUAUCGUUUAAAUCGCAAAUAACAGAAUAUAUCUAUUGACAUGAAUUUUACCUAAAUUUAAUUCAUAACAUGCGAUACUGGUUCAUAAAAUAUCCAGAAGCAUUCAACGUCAAUUUUUUAUUUAUUUUAUUACACGCCCCGCCUUUAGGCAGUACCCAGAAAGAGAAGGAUGUUCCGUGGAGGACUCAUAAGGGAAACCAGUCCAUAUGGACUAUACACACGGGAAAACCACCAAACGCCCAUGCAGACAGCCCGUUCGCCUGGACUUGAACCCAGACAGAACUACAAGUGUUCAGUGGCUUUUUCCGCUAGGGCAUUGCUGGGUCAUGAUCAGAUUUAAAAGCUAAAUAAAUAAUGAUAAUAAUAGGAAAAUUAAAGAAAAUAUAGCAAAGAGACCAGUUUCCAGUUUUAGAUGAAGAAUGUUUCCAAAACCAGUAAUUCAUAUCCUGUUUCAUUGGAAACUUUAUAACCUUCCUUUGACCCAUUAUGAAUGAAUUAAAGUUCGUUCUAAUCAUUACUCUUACUUUAAAAUUUAAAAAUUUUGUUCCCUUUCUUGAGAGUGCUGCUUUCCCAGUCAUACAUGAAAAGACAUUUAUCUAUUUAAUUAACAAAUAUAGUUAAAAACGUGAGUUAAAAAACAACAGAUUUUUGUUUUUUUUAUAAAAAUUAUAAAGAAUUUACAUAAAUUUUACAUAUUUUGCAAAUAACACUCUUAUGUUCAAUCUAUAAAUAUCGGAAACAAAGAGCUUACGAUAAUUCAACUUAAACUUUAAUGUUAAGUUCAGCAACAAAGACCUUGAUGUAGAGGAGAGCUUUAAAUGAUGGAAUUCUGAGUAAUCAGUAUUUAUUUAAUCAUUAAUUAUUAAUUACAUUAAGUGCAUAAUUUUUUAAGGAUAAUUCAUAGAGUUUGACCUGCUUUGGUAACAUAAACUAAUAUCAGAUUCCUAACAGACGUGAACUAAUUGACGCUGUCUACAAUAAGCGUCUUGAAAUGGUUUAAAACAACAUUUUUCUUGCAACAGAACUUUAACAUAAGGUCUUGUGCUUAAUAAAACAACCACCGCGAUGACACUAAAAUAAUACUCAAAUUAAAACGCAAAUUAGUACUCUAAGCUUAAACAAGUAAAUUUAAAUUGAAGUCGGCUCAAAAUUCUAACCAUCGAAACAAUUUAAAUGACGGCAGCUACAACCCAAAACCGAAUGAUUACAAUUUUUUCAGAGUUGAUGAAAGCUAGCAAAGUGGCCUUGAGAAAUAGAAACACGCUUUCUCUUAUAGUUCCAAAACCUCGACUUAAAUACUCUCUAACUAGUUUACAUCUAUAGUGAGGAAAAGAAAAAGGAAGUGUGAUAGUAAAGGCUGAAAUUUAAAUAUAUAUUUUGUAGCAUUCGGACAAUAUACAGACUAUACUACAACACACAAAAUAUAGUAUUAUGUAGUACAUAUAUCAUUUGUGUUUAUCUAUAUUUUUGAUUAUUUUAAUUUUUAAAGAAAAGUCAUUAAAAAUUCCAUAAGUUAUAAUAUAAAUUCAAUAACAGAAUAAUUAGGAAAUUUUAAGAAUAAUUUUAGCUACUUUAUCAUAUUACGCAAUUAUAUUUCUAAAUAACUAACAUUAGAUAUGCAAAUUAAUGUCAUAUUUAUGAGUAUAAAUAAAAGUAAUGCUAAGUUAUUUAAGUAAAUGCGAACACUUUAUAAGCUAGGUAAAAAUUCAUAAUAAUAUUAAAAUCUUAACGAAUUGUAUGAUGUCAAAAUCUUUGUUAACGAGAACAAAAGUAAUGAUUCAUUUAAAAUCUUUGUUCGCAAGAGUAAAAAUAAUAGCCAAAUAAAAUCUUUAUUCAAGGUAAAUUCAUGAAAAAUAUUAAAUCUAAUGCACAUUUUUCAUGGAAAAUAUGUUUCUGAAUAAAUGAUGUAUAUGAUUGCUGUAAAAUGAAAUGAAGUUAGAUUUAACUGAAUAUCUUAAAAUUAUUUUCGAGCAAACAUAGUUGAAUGAGGAAAGCAUAAAUACAAUGUAGUUCGAAGUUAAAUAGCAGCCAAAUUUACUAUAUUGAACCACUGGUAAAAUUCCGGAAUCUUGUUACAUAAAGCGAUAAAUAUUUAUAAUUCUUGAAUUUAUAUGAAAAUGAAUUUCAGAACUUAAGGCAUAUAAAUAAAAACUUCAUAACGAAAAUUAUUUAUUCUUAAGCAAUAUUGAAUGAAUCACAGAUUCCAUAUUUCCUUAUCUUUUUAACUUAAACAUUAACGAAUAAUUAGAUGCAAGAAUUGUCUUGUAUGUAAUAAAAUGUAUCUUUUAUUAUUAAACUACUUAAUUGGAAUUACUUAAAAAUUAAAUGCUAUGCGCUGAAUGAACGAUGUUUUUAAAAAAAAUUACAUUAAUCAUUGCAGAAAACUGAUGCUGUCACGAUCUUUCCUUAGACUGAAUCUGUGCUUUAUAUUUAAUUGGAACUUAUUGUUACAAAAUGCUAUCCAAUAAAAAUUGAAGAUGAUGCCAAAAAGUCAAUAAUCAUUAGUGAAAUAAUCUAGUGCAUCAUGUUCUUAUCUAAAAAUUUCAAAACCAGAAUUACUUAAUAGAAGUAUGUUUAAUGUAUUUCUGCGAAAAAAAAAAUUCUGAACUUGUAAACAAAGGAAGGAAUACCGUGUGAAUUGAAAUGAUCAAAUAUUUACCAGGUAAAUUGCUUGAAUUAUCUCUAUAAAUCAAAACAAUUGUUAGACUUCAGUGGAUAAUUCAAAAAAAACUAUUUAUUUUAUUCAAAAAGAACAAUCUAUAUUUGUUGAAAAUCAGUUAUUGUACGUCUUAAAAUCUGUUUUAUCACAUAUCACUGCUGUAAGUAAAUGUGAUGUAGAUAAUGUGUAAAGUAUCAUUAAAAUAUGUGUUUCUGUUUUUGAA